GCUAUUGCUUUUUUUCUUUGCAAUGGCAACUUUGCCUGGUAACCGACUGCAACAAAUGUUGCAGUCGGCUGUGCAAGCGGUUCAGUGGACUUAUAGUCUCUUCUGGCAAGUCUGCCCACAACAAGGGAUUUUAGUAUGGGGAGAUGGGUAUUACAAUGGUCCAAUCAAGACAAGGAAGACAGUGCAACCGAUGGAAGUGAGUGCUGAAGAAGCAUCACUUCAAAGGAGUGAACAACUUAGAGAGUUGUAUGAAUCAUUAUCUGCUGGUGAGACAAACCAACCUGCUCGCCGGCCUUGUGCCUCUUUAUCGCCGGAGGACUUGACGGAAUCCGAGUGGUUCUAUCUUAUGUGUGUUUCCUUCUCUUUUCCACCAGGAGUGGGGUUACCAGGAAAGGCAUUUGCAAGACAACAACAUGUAUGGCUAACUGGUGCAAAUGAGGCCGAUAGUAAGUCCUUUUCAAGGGCUAUUCUUGCCAAGAGUGCUCGUAUACAGACUGUGGUUUGCAUUCCUCUCAUGGAUGGCAUUGUAGAAUUUGGAACCACAGAAAGGGUACAAGAGGAUUUGGGAUUCAUCCAACGUGCGAAAAGCUUCUUCCUAGACCAGCAAAAUCAACACCAUCAUCAUCAUCAUCAUCACCAUAACCCAAAACCCGCUCUCUCUGAGCACUCUACUUCGAACCCGGUCAGCUCCUCGGACCGGCCUCGUUUCCAUUCUCCACCACUCCCUGCCAUGUACUCGGCACAGGAGGAAGAGCCACCGGCUAAUACAAAUCAAGGAGAUGACGACAUAGAAGACGUGGAUGAGGAGGAGGAGGAGGAGGAGGAGGAGGAAGAAGAAGAAGAAGAAGAAGUUGCUGAGUCCGACUCAGAAGCCGAUACGAGUCGUAAUAGUCCACCACCAAAUGCAAAUGCAUCUACGCAUCAACAAAUCCGACUGUGUGAGCCAAUCAAUCAGGGCUUAGGAGUAGCAGCAUUAGCCCCAGCAGCUCAAGUUGCGGCGGAGCCCAGCGAGUUGAUGCAGUUAGAGAUGUCCGAAGAUAUUCGACUCGGAUCACCCGACGAUGCCUCCAACAACUUGGACUCGGACCUCCACAUGAUGGCUGGCGGCGGCGGAGGCGGAAUCCAACCAGAUCAUCAUCAACGCCGGGCUGACUCGUUUAAGGCCGAGUCGACACGGAGGUGGCCACCCUUGCCGGAUACGCUCAACGCUCUCCAAAGUCAACCACCACCCUCGGUGACCCCUCAAAUGGAAGAAUUGACGCAAGAGGACACUCACUACUCCCAAACAGUAUCCACCAUACUACAACAGAACCCGACCCGGUGGUCCGAAUCUUACAUGGCAUUCGGAUACUCACAGCAGUCAGCCUUCUCCAAGUGGAACAGCCGCAACGAUCACCUGCUUCACCUUCCUUUGGAAGGCACCUCACAAUGGCUCCUCAAAUACAUUCUCUUCAGUGUACCCUUCCUCCACAUCAAAUACCGAGACGAAAACUCCCCGAAAUCUUCCCGAGAUGCCGACACGGCGACACGCUUCCGUAAAGGGACACCCCAAGACGAGCUCAGCGCCAACCAUGUCCUCGCCGAACGCCGCCGCCGUGAGAAGCUCAACGAGCGUUUCAUCAUUCUACGCUCCCUUGUCCCCUUCGUCACCAAGAUGGACAAGGCUUCCAUACUAGGCGACACCAUUGAGUACGUCAAGCAGCUGCGCCGUAGGAUCCAGGAUCUUGAGUCUCGUAACCGUCAGAUGGAGGUUGAUCAACGGUCUUCCAGGGGUGGGGACCCUCAGAAGAGUGGUGGAUCCAAGGAUCAGCAACAGCGAAGUGGACCUGGGAGCAGUGGUGUUACGGCGGUGCAGGAUCGGACCCGUGGGUUGCCCGUAUCCGAUAAGAAGAAACUGAGAAUCGUGGAAACCGCGGGAGGUACGAAGACGAAAGUGGUGGACCCCGUGCCCAUAGUUGGCACCACCGUACAGGUGUCCAUCAUCGAGGCUGAUGCACUGUUGGAACUUCAGUGCACGUACAGGGAAGGUUUACUACUCGAUAUCAUGCAGAUACUUCGGGAGCUGCGGUUUGAGAUCACGGCCGUUCAAUCCUCCUCAACUAAUGGCAUCUUCAAUGCCGAGUUACGGGCUAAGGUGAAGGAUCACAGCAGUGGAAGAAAACCGAGUAUUGUGGAAGUCAAAAGGACCAUACACCAAAUCAUAGCCCAAAGUAGAACAAGCAGCAUCGAUUAGUGAUUUUAUUUUUUU